AUAACAAUCCACCAUUGGUGCAGCAUUAUGAUUUUGAGAAUGAGCAAGCUCACGAUUUAGAUGAUAUGAUUGCAAGACUCCCAAUUGAUAACCCGCUUAGUGCUGAUGAAUUUAUACAUCUUGAUGAUGUUUUACUAAUUGAAGAAAUACCGGAUGAUAUGAUCUUAAUUGAACAAAUUCGCUGUGAACAAGAUGAUGAGGAUGCUCAAUCAGAUGAAGAAGAUGAUAGUACAACAGAGUUAUGUAAAUUUUCUUUACAGGAAGGAAAACAAUUUGCGAAGAAUUUGGUUCAAUUUUUAUUACAACAAAAUGAUGAGUUUGGUAUUUCAGUUGAGGAACUAGAAGUGGUUAGGCAUAUAAGUGAAAUUGUAAAGCGUAAAGAGAUGAACUCAAGGCGUCAAGUGUCAUUAAUGCAGUUUUUUAAAACUAGUGAUUAG